AUGUACCCUAACUCUCUUACUGCCAUUGCGGCAUUGUCCUUUGUACCCUAUGUUGCCUCACAGGCCCAAGGCACAGCAACUGUCAACCUAGCCCAAGGAAUCGGAAAGCCUCAGGCUCUUGGUUCCGGCUUCAUCUACGGCUUUCCUGACAAUGGGACCCACGCAGAUAACGCGAUCCCAGAUAACCUGGUAACCGACAUCAAGUUUAACGCAAACCGUGGUGGUGGUGCGCAGAUCCCAGCUCCUGGUUGGGCCACUGGAGGCUUCAAAGGAUAUCAAGGCCGUUUCCAAUCAACUCUUUCCAACUAUCUCACCACGCGCAAGUAUAACGCUGAUUUCAUCUUGCUGCCCCAUGAUCUUUGGGGUGCGGACGGCGGACAGAGCUCGGCGUCUCCUUUUCCCGGAGAUAAUGGAAACUUUACUGAGAUGGAAGUGUUCUGGAAGCAGCUCAUAUCUGACCUGAAGGCCAAUAAUAUGCUUCAAGGACUUGUGAUUGAUGUUUGGAACGAGCCUGAUGAAACGCCCUUUUGGAACCGCCCAUGGCCUCAGAAAGAGCUUCCUGGCGCAGUUCUCAGUGGUCCAUCCAUGGCAGAUUCUCCAAACCUGAGAAACAGCAAAUGGUCGACUUGGGUGGAAUCUGUCGCCGGCAACGGGACGGUACCUGAUCGUUUUUCCUGGCAUCAGAUUGGAACUGGGUCGCGUGAGCCCGACCUGACCAUCCCGGAUUUUGCUACAUUGCGGGGGCGAUUCGGAGUGCCUAUGAAGCCAGUUGACGUCAAUGAGUAUGCCACUCUCAAGGAACAGAACCCAGCCAACUCAGUCUAUUACCUCGCUCAGUUGGAGCGCUACAAUAUCAGAGGCCUGCGUGCAAACUGGGCUAGCGGAUCUGAAUUGCAUAACUGGAUGGGUAAUCUGGUCUACAGCACUACUGGCACUUCAACUGGCACCUACUAUCCCAAUGGCGAAUGGCAGGUUUACAAGUACUACGCUGCUAUGACAGGCGAAAGGGUCUCGACGGUAGCUGCGGCGGAUAAGAAGUUUGACGUAUUCGCUACCAAGGAUGGCAAGACUGUCAAGAUUCUAGCCGGCACCAGGACCAUCAAGGCAGCAUACGACAUUACUGUUAACGGAUUAAGCGCUGUAGGAUUUCCCAAACAGGGGACAGUCAAGGUUCGAACUCUUCGGUUCGACUGGGCUGGGCCAAAGGGAAAGAUGGGCAACCCCGUUGAUGUUGGGACAGCAGUUGUUACAUAUUCGUCUGACAAGUUGACGAUUUCGGUUAAUCCGCCUACUGAUUCCACGGCCUUUGCCUAUGAGCUUUCCAUGUAG